GCUGUGUUCUGCACAUCCACCUGUGGCGCUGAUUAACUAUCAUGCGCGCAUGCGCAGUGGUUGCCACACGAGUUGAAGCAAGAACAGCUCUUUUCGUGUUUGCUGCUGGUUUUACCGAAUAAGAACACAAGAAGAUGUCCCCUGGUGCUGUAGGACAGCGCCUUGUCGCCUGUUUGCUUAACAUCUCCGAGGCUCGAAGCAAAGACAUUGUGGAGAAGGUGGCACGAGCGGCCAUUUUCAACAGCAGAGGAGGGCAGCGAGAGGGGACCACUGUUCUCAACAUCUUCAGUGACCACGACUACAACCGUUCAGUCAUCACCAUUGCAGCCAGCAUUGAUGGAAUCAGGGAGGCUGUGCUAUCGGCAUGCCAACAGGCCUGUCAGCUCAUUGACAUGCGGGGCCAUGUGGGGGACCACCCCUGCAUGGGUGCUGUGGAUCUGGUGCCCAUAUAUCCCUUAGGGGAGAAGGUGGGCCUGGAGGAGUGUGGGAAGGAGGCAAGAGCUCUGGCUGUCACCCUGACCGAAAUGGUUCCUGGCACUAGUGCCUUCCAUUUUGGCUUUGCCGAUUUGCCCCAGCGCCGUGGUCUGGCCCGGAGGCGCAAGGAGCUGGGCUGGUUCAGGAAAGACCUGGACAGGGAGGCCAUUAAGCCGGAUGUGGGGGAAAAGAUUGAGAGGAGAUAUGGCCUCACAGGCGUGGGUGCCGGCCCCUACGUAACUAACUGCAACGUGACGAUCGACACAUGUGACGUGGGCGUGGGCAAGCGUGUGGCCCAAGGGCUGCGGGAGUCCAGCGCGGGGGGCCUGCCGGGGGUGCAGGUGCUCGCCCUGCCCCAUGAGGGCGCCGUGGAGAUCGCCUGCAACGUGGAGAGCGUGCGGGGGGCCCCACCAGAGGCAAACUGGCCCUCCUUCACAAUUGGAGGUGAGCAGUACUGCCACACUCCUGCCUCCCUGAUCACUGCCCGUGUGGCACAGCUGGCAGGAGAGCAUGGUGUGGGCACCAAAGGCACCGCCCUGGUGGGGUUCACCCCCAAGGAGUGCAGGGGCUUGGCCGAAUGGGCACUGUCGCAGGGUAUUGCUGAGUUUUGGCGGGAACAGCAAAGGGUGCGCAUGUGAAGAGGGACAAAAGUUUCUUCCACCACUUUUUGUGCAGCAUGACUUUAAACCUUGAUGCACACGUACCGAACGAAAAACAGAAAACCAGUCUACUGUCACGUUGUAUGACCAGUAAGGCCUGUAUAUCCCUUGGCAUAAAAGUGUCUGGGAUUCUGCAGAAGGCAUAUGACACCACUUUCUCACGAGAAAACCGAUCAUCUUGCACUAUGUAAACGGGAAUGCUAAUUGCUGUCCCAGGCAUCAUUCCAGAAUGCUCGAUUGGGUUCAGAUCUAGUGACUCAGAAGGAAAUUACAUGUUAAUUACAUCAGCGUCAUGCUCUGUGAACCACUGGGCGAGUACUCGUGCUCCAUGGCACUGUCAUCUCGCAAAAUGUCCCCCUUUGUGCAGCAAACAUGGGGUGCAGAUGGUAGCUCAGUAGCAUUAUGUAAACGCUCACUUAGCCCUUGUCUUCUCAGGCUAUAAGUGCACUCAAACCAUGUCAGGAAAUGAAACCUACUACCAUUAUAGAACCACCAAAACCACCUUCUCUGUUAUUUCGGCCAAUUGAUGUUUUCUGUCUGGAUCCUGUGUUGCUCACCAAAACUUACAAUUGUAUGAAACAAUAACAAGAAUUUUGUUCAGAGCAUUGAUGACAUUGGAUGUUUUUUCUGCCAGUAAUCUUAUGUACUGAUGUCUAAAGGGUUCAAUUAUUUCCACUAAUUGUCUGACUCAGGUCUGCUCAGUAGCUGCUACAUAGUUCAAUGCUGAGCAUUAUUGCCCCAUAUCUUACAGUAAAUCAACUAGGGAAUAACACUUCUGUUACAUUGACACCAUCCACCCCUCACCAAACGGCUUGUAAGACGUUUUUGUCAUGUAACACAGAUAUGUUUCAAAUCUUAUGUGCCCGUACAUGAAGUACAUUAGAGAUGGUCUGUUCUUUUUAACUUCGUCUCGAGGCAAAUUCAUUUCCUCCUGUCUGGUAUGACAGUUUCAAGAACGUCAUUUUAGAGAUCGUGCCCUAGCACGGUAGGCGUGGCAUUCAAAAAGACUCCCUUUUUAACAGGAAGUUCUGCUUUUUAUGUGAAACCCGACUGAGCAGAACAGCUGGUGAAAGAGAACUUUCAUAAAGAUGUCUCAGAGAGAGGAUUGGGCUGGACCUAGUGAGUUCACAUCUUAUGCAACAUUCUUGGUGGGUUAGUUUCAACAGCAGCCAAUUUAGGCCUUGGAAACCAAGUGGGCUUCUAAGCCAACCGCUGACUUGCAUAAAUCACCCAGAUGCUGCUGCUUCCCUUGACGGCCUAGCCUCCAGUUAUAUACCCCUAAGUAUGCUCCCUAAAUACCCCCCAAAUGCUUCCUUCAUUCUUCCCCAGCUGUGUGAAAGUUUUACCAUUUCAUUUACAGUGCUGUGAAAAAGUAUUUGCUCCCUUGCAGAUUUCCUCUAUUAUUGCAUAUUUGUCACACUGAAUGCUUUCGGGUCUUUAGACAAAGUGGAAUAUUACAUGAAGGGUGUUAAUUCAGGUUCCCUUUGUAUAAUAUUGUGUUUUGUCUAAAUAUAUGAAACCAUUCAUUGUGACAAGUAUGCAAUAAUAGAGGAAAUCAGGAAGGAGGCAGAUACUUUUUCACAGCACUGUAUGGCAUUCAUGGUAUGCAUUCAUUAUUCAAACAAAUUUGUGUUCUCUGCUGGAGAAGACAUGACGAGAGAUAGCAGGACUUCGUUCACUCUGAGGCUUAUUGCUAAUUCCAUUUCCUUCAGGAACACUGUAUUUUAACUUCCUGUUUAAUUGUCAGUUUUACCAGUGUUUAGUCAAAGGUUUGAAAAUUAGACCAAAGCAUAUUGUGUCCGAUUUUAAUAAAUUUGAUAAUUUAAGAAUGUCAUAUUAGGUUCUUGGUGAAAUGGGACACACCCAUUUCAGUUUGAACAUUUGAUUUUCUGAUUUAUGAUCACGAUUUACUUCUUGAACUUUACUUCCCUUCCUCUUGAAUUGAGGUUGUUCUAGACCAGUACUUCAGGUCAUUUAAACGUGGUGUAAACCUACACUAAAGUCACAAUAUUUGUACCAUUGGGACCAGCCAGGCCCAGAAAUAUUUUCAUGCCACUUUAUUCAAUCCAGUAGCAUACAGUAAUGAACUCUUGCUUAUGGGGUAUAAAAUGAGCAUGGGUGGGUGGACAUUACAGUUGGGGUAUUCAGCAUUAAUAGUGCGCUGAAUUUAUUAGUCAAGCAUCACAUGUAACAUUUGUAAUGGUAUUCCUUGCAGAGAAAACAGUCUUGUUGCAAGUUUGUGCACAUAUGGGUAUGCAUGUGUGCACAGUAACAGAAAGGGGACCUAGAAUUGUAUUGGACGUAGUUGUAGUGGGAUGGGAGAAGAAAAAAAGACACCUGCAAAACAUUGGGGGUUUCACCUUUUUUAUUUUAUACUAAUCAAGUUAGCCUACCUGUAGAAAUAAAACUACCACCUUUACUUUUCACACUCACUUCUGGCAUAUUCUGGUCAGGCUGGGGGGUGGUGGGGUGAGCAAGAACAAAAUGAAGCAGCAGGUUUGUAACUUCUUGAGAUCAAAAUAAAAUUCAACUUGGCCAUCUCAAACAAGCAAAAGAAAAAAGAAAAGAUUCCUGAAGAAAAUUACAGCAAUGACUU